CUUUGUUUACCGGACAGGCAGCUCGUAUAUCACACCUCCGGGCUCUGCUGUUAGAGCAGGGACAGGCACCAGAGCCCUGCGGGAGAAGAUGCACUCAGGCCAGGCAGACGGCCAACAGCAGCCAGCUGCUGGGGAUGGAUCUCAGCAGGAUAGUCAGAAAAAAUUGAAUAAGAACAAAUUAUAUUAUAUAGUAUAAUAUAUACAGUAUAUAUUUAGUACAGUUCAGAUGUCGGAAAAAUAAUUGUCAAUUACCUUUACAAUGGAGUGGCCCGUGAUUCGGUUCUGGUGUAGGCAAGGAGACGGAUAUCCAUAGAAAGACAGUAUCUCUCUCUCUCUCGUAUCCGCCGGGUAUCAUUAUCAAGCGAAAAGAAGGGAUCCAACGCACGCGCCCCCGGCUCUGGGAGAGGAGGAUGAUCCUGUUCCGUGCCUCCCGCGUGCAGCUGCUGAUAUCGCUACUAACCCUCGUGCCCUGCGAGGCGUUGUAUCCGGGUCCAGAUGAAGGUUGGCAGGUGUACAGCUCGGCGUCGGACCCUGAUGGGAGGUGUGUGUGUACGGUGGUUGCUCCCGCUCAGAACCUCUGCAAACGAGACCCCCGCAGCCGUCAGCUACGCCUACUCACAGAACAGGUGCAGAACGUGAGUCAGUCUAUGGAGGUCAUGGAUCUGAGGACAUCUAGAGACCUGCAGUACGUCAGAGAUACUGAACCACUACUGAGAGGAGUAGACGGACACAUAAACACCUACACCACCAUCCCACGCAGCCUCACUAAGAAGGGCCUGCAGGAGUUGAAGGGUCAGAUGUCUCAGCUGCGCCCCCUGUUGUCGGUGAUUGACCAGUACAGGUCAGACCUCCAGACCCUGGCCAUGCUCCGAGGGGAGGUCCUUAACCUGUCACUCAUCCUGACAGCCAUUCAGGAGGAGGUGGGGGCCUACGACUAUGAAGAACUACAACAGAGAGUGCUACUGCUGGAGACUAGGCUACACGCCUGUAUGAACAAACUGGGCUGUGGCCGGUUAACGGGGAUGAGCAUCCCGGUCACCGUUAGAGCAUCGGGCUCCCGCUUCGGAUCCUGGAUGACCGACGCCAUGAUACCCAGCUCCGACAGCAGGGUGUGGUCUAUGGAUGGUUACUAUAAGGGGAGGCGAGUAUUAGAGUAUAGGACCAUGGGAGACUUCACUAGAGGACAGAACUUUGUCCAGCACCUAUUACCUCACCCCUGGGCCGGGACAGGUCAUGUGGUCUACAACGGAUCACUGUACUACAACAAACACCAGAGCAACAUACUGGUGCAGUACCACUUCCGUUCCCGUAGUGUGGUGCUCCAGAGGAGUCUGAGUGGAGCGGGUUACAACAACACCUUCCCCUACAGCUGGGGGGGGUCUUCUGAUAUAGACCUGAUGGCUGAUGAGACUGGCUUCUGGGCAGUCUACACCUCCAUACCUAACGCUGGGAACAUACUGGUCAGUCGGUUGGAUCCUCAUUCGCUCAACAUUCUCCAGAGUUGGGACACAGGGUUUCCUAAACGCAGUGCAGGGGAGACCUUCAUGAUCUGUGGUACCCUGUACGUCACCAACUCCCAUCUGGCCGGAGCCAAGGUCCACUUUGCUUACCACACUAACUCCUCCAGCUAUGAGUACACAGACAUCCCCUUCCACAACCAGUACUCUCACAUCUCCAUGAUGGACUACAACCCCAGAGAGAGAGCUCUCUAUACAUGGAACAACGGACACCAGGUCAUCUAUAAUGUAACCCUGUUUCAUGUUAUACAGAGCGAUGGAUAGAAGAGGAGAGGAGAGGAGAGGAGAGGAGAGGAGAGGAGA